AUGAAUGAUAAAAAAAAUCUUACAAAAGAUGAACUUGCAAAUUAUUUAAAAAAUUUAAAGAAUAAAGCACCUCCUAAACGUUCAAGUUUAAUAACGCCACCAAAAAGUCCAAUAACUUCAACUAGGAAAGUAGGAGGUUUGUAUGGUCCAAGGGUAUAUCCUUCUCCAAACAAGACCACUUCAAUUCUUACUCGUUCACUUAGUCAAAAAAUUGAAGAAAACAUCAAAACACCAUCUUCUCCUGAAUCAGUUUCCAGCUCUGCUGCUUAUUCGCCUCCUUCCUCUACACAACUAAACACCACAGAUUCUGCUUUAUCAGAAUCAAGUUUUCGAGCCAUCUCUGCUAAUGCUUCUAAUACAAAAAUAGAUGAUGGCACAAAAGGUAGUUAUGUUUUAUCUGCUGCAUUCAAGUCACAUACUGCUUCUUCCAAACCAGCAUCAAGGACCCCGUCAUUAAUUAAACAAACUCCAGAGCAAAUUCAAAGUGAAAUCAAUAAAAACAUAUACAACUCUACAAAUAGGAAUGAAAGUGCAAGUGGAGCUAUCUAA